CCGAAAGCGUUCGACACGGAGCCAAUAUUUAAACGCCCAGGAGCCGUUAUCCAUCUUUUCAAUAGACUGAGCGGAUCGCAAGCGAAAUGUCUGAUAGCUACAACUCCACAGACACGACAGGUGCAGUAGACACAAGGAGUCCAUAUUCACAGCAGGCACUUCAAGGUCGACCGCGUAACGUGGUACUCUAUGGGGAGAGUGGGGUAGGCAAAAGCUCGCUCAUAAACCUUAUCAUGGGUCGUGAUGCAGCGAAAACAUCUCCUGAUGCCCUCGCGUGUACAACUACACAUGUUCCUUAUGAUGUGACGAUCAGCGGACAACGCUUCAGGCUGUGGGAUACAGCAGGGUUAAAUGAAGGCUCAGAAGGCACAGUGCCUGCGGUGAUAGCUGAAAGGAACUUGACUACAUUCCUCCGAGGUCUAAACCAGGAAGAUGGUGUCCAUCUUCUUAUAUACUGUGUGCGCGGAACGCGAGCAACAAAGGCUCUGCAGACUCACUACAAGAUAUAUCGGCAGUUGUCCGUGAUAGCAAAGUACCCACUAUUAUGGUGGUGACGUGCCUGGAAGACUUUCGUCCUGUGAUGGCAGAGUGGGUGGAAUAAGAACAGGGACGAGCUUGCGACGUAUGGAAUGCAAUUCUCUGGAUAUGCAUGUGUCACGACUUUGAAGGAUGAACACACGGAGUCUUCGGAUAUUCACGAACGUCGUGCACAGUCCUACAAAGACGUCUGCAGAACCAUCCUCGAACAUUGUUCGCAGACCCCUCACAAGGCG